UCCAAAACAACCCAGAAGUUUGAAAGCAGGAGGAAGUGUGUUCAAACUCGAAGUCUCUGAUCCAUCUCAUAUACAUACAUACAUACAGCCUCUCGCCUCUCCUCUGUAUACCGCUCCACUGCAGUUGAGACGCAGAGCGAGAGCGAGAGAGUUAAAGACAGGACGCUUGCUCCUCCAUUGUCGUCUCCACGAAGAAGAAAACGAGGAGUAAUCAGCAGUGAAGAUGGUGGAAAUGAUUGGGAAGGAAACAUCACACUGGUGGUGGCUUGAGACUCACAAGAGGUCAAGACGAUCAAUGUGGCUCCAGUCCACUCUUGCUGAGCUAGACAGGAAGACAAAGGGAAUGCUGAAAUUAAUCGAGGAAGAUGCAGAUUCCUUUGCCCAACGUGCAGAGAUGUACUACAAGAAAAGGCCAGAGUUAAUCAGCAUGGUUGAAGAUUUCUAUCGGGCUCAUCGCUCUUUAGCAGAGCGAUAUGAUCUAGUGAAGUCUGAUUCUGGGGCUCGCCUCCAGAAAACCUUUUUGUCCCCAAUUUCUAUAAUGAAGUCCCAAUCUGAAAAGUUCAGAACAAUCCCGGGACAAAUUUAUCGUAGCUUCUCUGAGAAUUAUGAUACUGAAGAGUCUGCUGAGUCUGAACUGUCAGAAGUUGAUGAUCCUGAACCGGAAGAUGUAGUCCAAAUUGAUGAUGAAAGAGAAGUUGAGGAUGAUAAACUGGAGAUUGAAAGCCAAGUUUUUGAAGGAUCCAGAACUCGUAAAGUUUCAGGUGGGAUUUGCAAUGAUGAGGUGGCAAAAUUGAGAGAGGAAAUAGAAAAACUCAAGGAAGAGAACCGAAUUCAGAGGGAUCAACUUCUGCAGAAAGAUGAAGAGAAAAGGGAUGUAAUUAGACAUCUCAGUGUAGCCGUGGAUGUACUCAAGGAGGAGAAUCUGAAGCUGAGAAAGAGCAUUGCUAGAGACUCUCCUAUGAAACUGUCUCCAUUUGAGUUCAGCAAACUAAAGUGGAAUUUUUUUGGCAGAUUUGCUAGUUCUCAGCCUGUUGUUCUUACCCUCUAGAUAUAUAGAUUGCUUGUCAAGUAGAUUAAUAUGUAUAAUGUAGCUUCUGUAAUAGUGUGCACAGAAACUUAGUAUACUAAUUACUAAGGAAUGUUUAUCUGUUAAUGUCUCUACCCUUCCUGCCAUGUGUAAUAUCCUUAUCUGCUUUUGGCACACAUUUUUCUUUCUUAAAUGGUAUUCAGUUCAAUAA